AUGGACGAUUUUCUGAUACCCUGUGUAGUCAAUGUCCGAGAAAAGCUGGUGAAGCAUUACGGCGAUUGCUAUCCAUACCGUUGUUCAUCUCUGGCACUCGAAGCGAAGCAGCAGCAGGUGUGUGCUCCGAUGAAACUGGGAUCCCCGGGUUGCAUUCCUGUUGGAGCCGCGGGGGUCGGUGGCAACCCGGGAUUAAAGCUGGGUAUAAUGCAUGAAAAAAUAGUAUCUUCAGAUUCUUCAGACCACAAGCGCGCAACGAAGAAUGCGACAGUCAAUGCAAUACUUGGAGACAAACGAUGCUUGACUUGGAAGGCAGCGGAAAACCUUACCGCAAUAAAGCCUGAAUUGGCUGGACUUCAUCCUGAAAAUACGACUGUGAGUGUUGGAGAAGUUGCUGCUUUGCAGUGCGUCAUUGUUGCUGAUGGUCCUCCACAUGUUGAGUGUUCACUGCAGAAAAAACGUCAUACAUGGCUGAAGCAAAUGGAACCGCAGGAACUGGCAGAAUACGACAAAUUGCGGAAGAAGAACUCGUUGAAACAGGGUCAGCAGCAACCGGAAGUAAUCGGCGACCGGAAAACCACGGACUUCAACGGAAAGCCGCAUUGGAUCCUCAACGUCGGCUCUCGUAGCAGUCAAGGAGUGGAAAGCGGAAACAGAACCCACUACGUUUCCAAAUUGGUCAUUGCCAGGGCUUCAAUCGGGGAUACGGGAACCUAUGUUUGCCUGGCUGCCAAUUCCAUGGGCUACAACUACAGAGAAGCUCGACUCAUCGUCAGAGAUCACUCCCACGGGAAACGACUUUUCAUGACAGCGUCUAUUAGACUAGACUUGCAAAACUUUCAUCCUGCGAAGCUGAGGAAUAGUCCGCCGGUGUUGAUGGAUGUUCCUGGGGAAUCAAUGCAAUCACCGUUUUCAAUCCCAUUGAUCGUGAUCCUGUUGGUGGGUCCAAUCGUGUGUCUCGUCAUGAUCGGAAUAUUUUGGAAGUGCAGCCGAAAAACAGCGACUUCAGGUGCCUCCGUGGAUCCAAGAUCGGUUACAUGCAGUGGGUUGGCGUCUGACCUGGGCACAGCAUUUACGGGCAAGCAUGACCUGAACUCCGUGAGAACCUCAGACUCCAGCCUGGGGACACCCGCUCACCUGAGGACACCAUCCAAGUGUUGGCAAGCUUAUUACCCAGUCCCGACCAGCAGCAUUCAACGGGCCCCGAGUCAUAUGCAGAGACUGUACUACAACAAUCAGCAGCAAAGCCUGUGCGAUGAAGCCUACGAAGAGCUGGAUUUCGUGAGACGCAGCCCAGCAGGGGUCGUAGACGAUUUCGCCUGGGACGGGUCGCACAACAGAACAGCAACGACGCCGUCGACGUUCGACGGGUACGACCAGCUGCCAGUUCCCGGGUUCCACGCCUUCGGACCCGGACGCACCGGGUUCAGGAUCAUCCAGAACCCGAACGCUUUCGUCAAAUAAAUAACAGACGCGUGUCCAGAAACAAAAACAGCAGCUGGAACAAGAACAGGAAGAAAACCGCUCCCCGAAACCCAGAAAAAGCUGUGAUC